AUGAAAAUCACUCAUGUUAAAAUACGGGAGGUUCUUUUUAUUUUAUUUCUAUUUUUUCCCCCAGGGAAAACAUUUCAACAAAUAUAUGUUUCAACGAUUCAUGGCCGGGUGAGGAUGUCCCAGACAGGGCUGGGGAUCGUACGACAAAUGAGCGGCAGGGUGUAUUGCGAAUUUCCCAGUGUGGGAUCUAUUCCUUUUUUUUUCUUUUCUCCUGGGUUUCAUGGUCCAUGGCUUCACUCUUUCCAAGUGUUUAUUCUUAUUCUGCUCCUGUUAACGAGUUAUUGGAAUAUGUUUUCCUUUGCGUUUAUGUGUCAGCUUUUGAUCUAUGAUGUCAACGGGUGGUUGGUAGACUUUGUAGCUUUAAUGGUUGGUAUGAUAUGA